GCCAUAACCGAGGCAUCCCAGCUUAAUUUCCGCAAGUCAAGAGCAGUUUCACUGCAUGAUGAACAAGGUAUAUACCAUUGCAAAAUAACUUUGAAUUCGUAAUUGUUUAUACAAGGUGUAAAUGUUCAAGGUCAAUUGUAUCUUGAACUCCUAGGAAAACGUUCCAUUGUGCUGACUUGAAAUUCCCAAAAAUUCUGAAGAAUUCUACUUGUAGAUAAAAAAUGGGUGUAAGAUUCCUAACAGUUCCCAGAAAAUCCAAGGUGAAAAAAGGGCUAAGUUUUCUAACAAUUCCCAGAAAUUCCAAGAUAUAAAAGGAAUACAGCCAACAGGAAUAGAGCCAACAGUUGAUGCCACAUGGAGUUCCCCAAGGACCUUGGGAGAAGUUGCCCAUCGAUUUCUUCGAAUUCUGUGGUUUGGAUUUAAACAUCCUAGUUUUUGUAGGAUGACAGAGUUAUCCCAUUUUCAAUUGCCGUGAGCAGAUUUUUACCCUGCCCUGACUGUUAUCAGAAGUGCCAAGACUGGACUGAGGAAUGCAAGCUCUUUCUAUGACCCUUCAGCGUCAAAAUCAAAGGAGAUCGAAGCAAGUUAUGUGUUAAUUUGGGCUGGAAAAGUCAGAAGAACACACAUAAAGUCGCUAAAUCUUUCAGCGGGGCAGAAGAAAGAUCCGCAAAUUCUCUUACAGAAGUUCCUAGAUUGGACAAAGCCAAAGUCAGCAGCUGACUUUCGCUAACUUUUUUUUUAAAGGAGGAGAACAGAGAUGCGACAUUAUCACUUUUCAUGGACUAACUUUCAUCAGGCCAUCCAUUUAUGACAGCUUGCAUCAAUAGACCAGAUAUCAUGUCAUCUGCAGUUGUAUGUUGGAAGUCUGCUAUACUUUCUGUAUCGGCAUGGAUUUCUUCAGUAAACAUAUGUACAGUGAUGACGUCUCUGUCUACCUUGCUUUCACGUACUGGCUGAGGUGAAACUCUGGAAAGUGCAUUGGGUAUGACGUUCUCCUUCCCCUUCAGGUUUUCAAUGUACGAAAAGUCACUGUAUAGCCAUACAAGUAGUGAUGGAAUCUUUCAAGGGCAAAGACAACACUCAACAGCUCUCUCUCUCUCUCUCUGUUUGAAUACCGUUGCUCUGUCUCAGUGAGGCUUCUUGCAUAGACAACUGGCUUGCCAUCUUGAAACAAAACUGCGCAAAUGAGCCUUUCUUGGAUGCAUCUGACUGGACGGCACUUGUCUUGCAUGUAUCAAAAUAUGCAUGUACUGGUGCCAUUGUGAUUUCUUUCUUGAUUGGUUCAAAUGCUUCUUGUUGUGAUCUCACCUAUGCGAAAACAACACCUUUAUGGCACAGUGCUCUUAGUGGGCUGUCAAAUCUGCUAUCUUUGGGAGAAAAUGAUUGACAUGGUUCACUAAACGAAGAUAGCUUGUACCUUCUGAGGAUCUAUCUUAUACCUAUGUGGAGUGAGAUUACCACCAAAGAACGGACAGUCGAGUCUUGAAGACAAACUUCCCUUCAUUGGAAGUGAGAUAAUUAGCUCUUGUUGUCUCUAACAACAAGGUAAUCACAACUGCAUCGUGAGGGAUUUCUGCAUUGCCAUGGCACGAGAUAUCAUCUGCAGUACCGGUAGUACUGGGAACUCUCUUUAGGACUCUGUCAAGUCUUUCUUGAAACGCAUCACCUUUCACGGUUAACCCAAAAGGUAGGCAUAGCCAACGCCAAACGGUUCUUGCCCUAUUGUGUGUUGAAGGUCAUCAGCAAACUACUCUCCUUGUCCAGUGGAAUGUGCCAGAGUGGGUGGACUAGGCUGAAGUGCUUUGAGUUUGCCAGCUCUUGUAAGACAUCAUCAAUCUUUCUGUUGUACCACCGGUUGCUCUUUAUAUCUUUAUUUAGAUCUUUAGGAUCAAGGCAUAACCUCAAGGAACUGCCAGGUUUCUUCAAAGGAACAAGUAAAUUAUUGAAUUGAUCCAUUCAGUGUACUCUAGGACUUCUUUAAUUACUCCAAGUUCUACCAGCCUCUUCAACUCUGCUUUGCUCACUGCUACCUGACAAGGAGGAUGUUGGACAGGUUUGCAAUCUUCCUUUGACUGAAUAUCAGUCAUAAGAUCCACCAGGCAAAGUUCCUGUUCGUUUAAACUUGUCAGAGUAUUCCUUCAGUAAGUACUCUUUGGUUGUAGGUAACAGAUGUGUUUUCCCUCCGAUGGUUAUCUUCUUGUCUGUACAUUCUUGUACUACUGGAACAACUGGUUCUGCAGGGGGGUUUCACAGGCUUGUCAGUAAUGGUUUUUAUAGACGUAUCCACUUUGGCCUUGACCACUUGCUGCUGGAUCUCUGGGAAGCUAACAUAUAUAUGCCAUUAGCAAUGCUUGCUGCCUGCCCAGGAUCAUGUGACCUUUGCAGUCUGCCGUUUCACAUGAGACUUUGUAUGUUUUCAGUCUUGCCAUGAUGAAGGUACACAGAACAGGAUCCAAGAUUCUCAACUGGGCUGUCAUUGUAGCCUUUCAGAUUCAUUGUCUGUUGUCCCAGCUUGGGAUCUGUUCCAAAAGAGAAUUUGCUUUGUCCAGAGGUAGAAUGUUGCUGCUUGUACCUGUAUCAACUUCACAGGGGAUAUGGAAAAUCUGUGAUGAGAGCUCCUUACUAAGCCAAAGAGAGCGAAUGUGAGGCAGUGGCUGAGGAUGAUUAAGAGUCUUUACCAUUACCAUCUUCAAAUGAUGCAUGGUUGCAGUAACAUACACUGGUGUAUAGUCUUCCACUGUGCUGUUUUGGUUUGAGGGUGCAUUCAUAGGCUGGGUUUGUAACUCAUUAACAUUCCCUCCUUUGCUUUUGUAUUUGCAAACAGAGCCAUAAUGUUUCUCGUUUCCACACUUAAAACACUUUGCACUCUUUGCAGGGCAUUGACUUCUUGGAUGUGUAGGCUUUGCUUCACAAUUGAAGCAGGUUUCUCUCUUGGUGCGUUUUUGAUUGUCUGAUCCACCUCUUUCCUUCUGCUGUUUCUCUUGUUUAGGCCUGGCUCCUUGCCUUUCAUGGAGUUGAUGGACUACUAAUUGGAUAAGAUUGCCUUUAAACUCUGGUUACAUAAUAACCAACCUGACUAGCCGUGGUGUCUUCAUUUUGAGCAAUUGCUGCUGCCUCCUCUUAAGUUAACGCUGAGCCUUUCUCAAUGCAUUUAAAGUAAGCCUCUCGGAAACGUAGACAGAUGACCAUUGUAUCUCGGAAUAGUCUGUCACGGGCUUCAGGAGGAUAUUCACACUGGUCGCAAAGAACAGUUAGUUGCUUUGUCAAUAUACUCUGCAAGACUUAAAUCACCUUUUUCCAGCAGCAAAAGUUAGCUGCUGCUGCAAGAGCACUAGACUUCGGCUUAGUCCUAUCUAGGAACUUCUGUAAGAGAAUUUUCGGAUCUUUCUUCUUCUCUGCUGAAAGAUUUAAAGACUUUAUGUGUGUUCUUCCGACUUUUCCAGCCCCAAAUUAAGACAUAACUUGUUUUGAUCUCUUUUGAUUUUGACCCUAAAGGACCAUUAAGCAAGAGCUCGCAUUCCUCAACCUAGUCUUGGCACUUAUGAUAACAGUCGGGGCAGGGUAAAAAUCUGCUUGCGGUGCUAAAAAAACAAGGAUGUAUAAAUCUAAACCACAGAAUUCGAUGAAAGCGGUGGAACAGAAAUGGAAUCUAGCCUAAACUCUGAAAUAUUUUAAUGCAUUGAUUGAAAAGAUUAAACUGCCUUUAUAAGUUAAGCUACUAAAUUUACAUAGAUGAAACACACAUUACUGUUCUAAACAAAAGAUAUGAAAAUGGAGGUUAUGUAACUGGUUGCAUAACUCUAGUCUAGUAGUAAAUUCCAAGGUAAAAAGGGACUAAGAUUCCUAACAAUUUCCAGAAAAAUUUCAAGGUAAAAAGAGUCUAAUAUUCCUAACAAUUCCCAGAGAUUCCGAGGUUAAAAGGGUCUACGACUCCUAUCAAUUCUCAGAAAUUCUAAGGUGAAGAGUAUAUAAGAAUCCUAACAAUUCCCAAAAAUUCUAAGGUGACAAGGGUCUAAGGUUCCUUAAUUCCCAGAAAUUCCAUGGUAGAAAAGUGUAAGAUACUUAUUAAUUCCCAGAAAUUCUAGGAAAGGGUCUAAAAUUCCUAACAAUUCCCAGAAAUUCCCAGAAAUUCCAAGGUAAAAAUGGUCUAAGAUUCCUUAAGUCCCAGAAAUUCCAAGAAAUUCCAAAGUAAAAAGAGUCUAAGAUUCCUAACAAUUCCCAAAAAUUCCCUAAAAUUCCAGUGUAAAACGUGUCUGAGAUUUCAAACAAUUCCCAUACAUUCUCAGAAAUUCCAAGGCUAAAAGGGUCUAAGAUUUCUGUCAAUUCCCAGAAAUUCCCAGAAUUUCCAAGGUAAAAAGCGUCUAAGAUUCCUAACAAUUCCCAGAAAUUCCCAAAAAUUUCAAGGUAAAAAAGGUCUAAGAUUCCUAACAAUUCCCAGAAAUUCCCAAAAAUUCCAAGGUAAAAAGGGUCUAAGAUUCCUAACAAUUCCCAGAAUUUCCAAGGUUAAAAGGGUCUACGAUUCCUAUCAAUUCCCAGAAAUUCCCAGAAAUUCCAAGGUUAAAAGGGUCUACGAUUCCUAUCAAUUCCCAGAAAUUCUCAGAAAUUCCAAGGUAAAAAGAGUCUAAGAUUCCUAACAAUUUCCAGAAAUUCCCAGAAAUUCCAAAGUUAAAAGGGUCUACGAUUCCUAUCAAUUCCCAGAAAUUCCCAAAAAUUCCAAGGUAAAAAGGGUCUAAGAUUCCUAACAAUUCCCAGAAAUUGCAAGGUUAAAAGAGUCUACGUUUCCUAUCAAUUCCCAGAAAUUCUCAGAAAUUCCAAGGUAAAAAGAGUCUAAGAUUCCUAACAAUUCCCAGAAAUUCCCAGAAAUUCCAAGGUUAAAAGGGUCUACGAUUCCUAUCAAUUCCCAGAAAUUCCAAGGUUAAAAGGGUCUACGAUUCCUAUCAAUUCCCAGAAAUUCCUAAAAAUUCCAGGGUGAAAAGGGUCUAAGAUUUCUAACAAUUCCCAGAAAUUCCCAAAAUUCCCAAAAAUUCCAAGGUAAAAAGAGUCUAAGAUUCCCAGAGUUGAGCUUGUUGAUGGGGAGCAGAUAAUCAACGGUGUUAAACGCUUUGGGAAGGUCUAGGAACACUGCUCCUGUCAAGCAUCCUUUGUCCAUAGCUUCUAGGGAUUGAUCUGUGAAGGCGAUUAAGGCAGUGGAAGUUCAAUGCUUCAGUUGGAAGUCAAUCUGUGACUCUGACAAUAGUAUGUUUUCUUCCAACUUGACUGAAUAUGUGCUGAUCUCUCUUUGAUCUUGCUUAUGGUUGGUAAGAUUGAUAUCGGUUGAUGAUUGUCUUUCAAUGACUUAUAUCCAUCUUUAAAUAAUGCAGUGACUUGACGUAAGAAUCAUCCUUCAACAAGCGGGCACUUCGCUUAUCAAGUCCAACAGCUUUGGUUUUUUAAAGAUCUGAGGGCAUUACGGACAAAGUUCACAGUAACAUUCAGAUCGAAUUUAAAAGGAGGGGUGCUGGAGUAGAAACAGUCAAAAUGAUUUGAAAUGGUUUUGCCAAUGCUUUCCCAGUUGACACAAAGUACUGGUUUAUGGUCUGGCGACAGAGAGAUUUUUAGUGUGCCACUUCCCAUUUUUAAAGAUUGAAAAAAGAAACAGUCGAUUUUUUAUCACCAGGAAGUACUUGUUUCAUUGCUCGCCACGUUUCACAGGAAACACCCUUGGUGUCUUCAACCAUCCAACAAGAUUAUUUCGAUCUCAGAUUCUUUUCCUUGUGAUUAGUAGAAUUCCGCAGGUUUCUGUACUUUUUCCAUUGGUAAGUACAAUAGGUGAAGCGUGCUUUCCUGAAGUGAGAGUCUUUGACUCGUUUCAUUUCAGCAAGUGUUAUGUUAUUCAUGGGUUUUGCUUUCUUUAGCACGCUUAAUCUUCAGAAGAGCUUGUUCGUUUGCUAUCUCAGAAAACAGUCGCUCCCUCAAGAAAGCAGCAUCACUGACAUUUUCAACUCCAUCAAUAUAUGACUAGGGGACUUGACUAAGAUCAUUUACGAAUUCCAUCUUAUUAUCAUUCUCGAGUGACUGAUGUUCAAAUUUCCUCGGUUGAAGUUUUGGGACGCCUCCUUUCAUCACACAAAAAACUAAGCUGUGGUCGCUUAGCGUUGUAUGAAUGAUGCCAGAUUGAACAAUCUUGUGUUCUCUGUUUGUAAAGAUCAGGUCAAUAAGGGCCUUUGAGUAUUCUGUUAUUCUUGUUUGUUCAGUUAUGCGCUGGUUCUGCUGUUUCAUCAAUCUGCUUGCGGAACGUUUUCCGAGUUGGUCGAUGUUUGAGUCACCCAUUGGUAAUAGACCGUUUCUUUGGAAACGAGUCACUUAGAGAGUCAGAGAGUCACGUUUGGGGGCUUGUAUGUAGCAGCAAUCAAAAGCGGUUUGCACUUUAACCUGUUAAUUUCAAUCCAUUACAACUUCUCAUUAUUUGCUGCUAAGUCAUUCUUAACAGUCAAUGGAAUAUUUUCUAGUAUAUAAAGCAAAACUCUACCUCCUUGUUUGGAUAUCUACAGGAAUGUAUGUAUGUAAUAUCUACUUCCUUUUAUCCGCAGCGCUGACAACUUCUGUAGCAGAACAAGAACAAUUUCUCAAGGACGUUGUCCGCACUCUGCAAAGGGUAUUUUUUAAAAUUUUGUUCUUGCCUAGUCUGUUAUUAAAAAAUUGUCAUUUAGGAUGAAAGAUCAAGUCCAAGGCCUUCUUUCUGCCAGUUUGAAGGUUGUCUUUGUCUGCUUUCAAGUGUACUGUAUCACCAGGAGAAGAUAAGAAAUACAGUUUUCAUUUUUUUAGGAAGACUGGAAGAAAUUGUCAUUUUUGCUUUCAGACUUUUCAAAGUCAUGUAUAAUUCAUGAUGAAAAUACAUAGGAAAUUAAUGUUUAAUGAUGUUUGGAAAUCAGAUGAAAAACUGCUCAUUUUUGCGUCCUUAAUUUCUCCUUCUAAAAUCAUUUUGUUUGAGAGGUAAUAUCGAGCAUCUGACACAGUGUUUCAUCACCAGAUGAAACACCUCGAAGUUCGUCAAAAAUACUCCGCUGCGCGUCGUAUUUUCAACUCUCUUCUCGUAGCUUCAUGUGGUGAUGAAACAGUCUGCUUUUCAUGCUUGAAUCUUGAUAUAUUUUUUCUUGAGACCUUUUCCCCCGGUAUCUCCGGAAUGGUGAUUUCCCUCGCUUGGUGUUGCUAUGAUAGUGAUCAGAACUCAAUUGAUAUAGGGGAACUCCCGGAAGUGUUAAUAAUAUUCAACUAAUUCGCUAUUUAGGAGUUGGAGCAACUUGCAUCCGUGUUGUCUGUGGUAAAUGCACCUAUACAAGCAACAGUUCAGGUAAAUUUCUUUUUGCUUUGUUUUAUCUAA